AUGAACUCCGCAGGCCCCGACAUGUAUUACCAGCAGCACAUGUCCGCCGGUCCGGCACCUACUCCUCAGACUGUAACCUCGAAUGCCCUCCCGCCGCACUAUGGCCACCAACAACCCACAUUGCUGCAGCCCGGUCCUGCACAGUAUGCUCCGGCUCCGUAUCCGCAAUACGGUUAUUCCAAUGGCUUGACGUCUCCGCAGUCGGCACCCCCAGUCUCGAACUCGAUGGGCUCUACCGUGCUCCCGCCACCUGGUGUGCACCAGCCGGGUAUGACGAAUGCUUACCCAACUGGCAUGGACACGACUGGACAAAUAGCGCCUCCUGGCAUGAAGCCACGCGUAACUGCAACGUUGUGGGAGGAUGAAGGCAGUCUCUGUUUUCAAGUCGAAGCCCGCGGCAUCUGCGUGGCACGUCGCGAGGAUAACCACAUGAUCAACGGCACCAAGUUGUUGAACGUCGCUGGCAUGACCAGAGGUCGUCGCGAUGGAAUUCUCAAGAGUGAGAAGGUUCGCCACGUAGUCAAAAUCGGGCCCAUGCACUUGAAGGGCGUAUGGAUUCCGUUUGAGAGAGCCCUCGACUUUGCCAACAAGGAGAAGAUUACCGAAAUGCUGUAUCCCCUUUUUGUUCACAACAUUGGCGCUCUACUCUAUCACCCCACCAACCAGACCAGGACCAACCAGGUCAUGGCCGCUGCAGAGCGCAGGAAGGCCGAGGCAGGUGGCCAGAUGCGCAACGGCUCCGGUGGCCCUGCACCCCCAGCUGGAGUUCUCCCUUCCAUCCAGCAACACUCGCACCACCACCACAUGGCUUUGCCCGGGCCACAGCCUUCGAUUCCUUCCAACAAUUCCUCCGGCCGGCCUUCGUUAGACCGUGCUCAUACUUUCCCGACUCCGCCUACUAGCGCCUCGAGCGUGAUGGGAACCAUGCCUUCGGACAACUACCAAUGGCCACAGCCUGGCAUGUCCAGCGCUCAGCACCCCAACCCCAUGUCGAUAGAUACAGGUCUCAGCAAUACUCGAUCCAUGCCUGCCACUCCAGCAACCACCCCACCCGGAGCCUCGAUUCAAAGCAUGCAACAGUACCCACAAGUAACUCAGCCUUAUGACAACUCACGAUAUGCUCCUCAGCAAGCCCCGCAGGCUUACCCAACAAGCAAUACCAGCCCACAGGAUCGCGACUCGUACGGCCAAAGUUACAUGAGACCUGGUGACAUGGCCCCGCCCACUGGAAGGCCUGCAGGCCCUGGCGAGCAGGAUGUGAAGCCCCCCAAUGGCAUGAUCCAUUCAUCGCAAACCGGCGAGCAGCUGUCGCAACCUUCAGCCGAAGACGAGGAUCAACACGAAGCCGAAUACACGCACAACAGUUCAUACGAUGGGAACAGGAAUGGUUAUGGCUAUAAUGCACCGCCCUUGGCUCCUCUUGCCGAUGCAUCUGGCGACCUGGGUGGCUCUGAUGCCCACCAGGCAGGUUCCGGCCGUGCGACACCGAGAACCACCAAUCCCUCCCAAGGAUACUAUUCCCAGCAGACGGGCUACAAUUCUCCCCCCCGUGUUCAGUCGUCGAGUAAUCUGUAUAAUGUAAUGAGCAACGCUGAAGCCCCCGCCAAUAUUGCGUCCAGCCGAGACGUCUAUGCUUCACAAGACAUGUCGGCCAUGCAAAACGGCUAUGCCGCUCCGCCCGUCAUGAAUGGCUCUACGGCCAGCAUGAAGCGAGGACGGGAUGACGACGACGAACGGCCUGGAAGCGGCGGUUUCGAUAUGAAGCGGAGGAAGAUGACUCUUGAUGGGACGAUGCCCGCUUCGACUUUCGACCCAAUGAAUCGACCUGCUUCCGUUACUUCCGCAUUGCGUCGAUAG